AUGGGUGAUGAAAUAAGUGAUCUUUUAUCGAAUGCAACGAAUGUGUCCACAAGUGUUCCAUUUGUCCCGAACGUGUAUCCGCACUUCAUCGAGAGCAAAUGGAAUCAAUUGCUCGAUGUAAUAGGUGAUGAUCCGAAUGUGCUGUAUGUGUGGUUCAUGACGACGUACACCUACUCAUUCUUCUGGGUUUUCGGGAUGCUGUUCGUUGCGAUGGACCUGACGGGUCGGCCACGGUUCCUGCGCAAGUAUAAAAUCCAACCUGGCACCAACGAACCCCUGUCGUGGGAUCGGUUCAAGCAGCUCGCUCUCAUCGUGCUGCGCAAUCAGCUCCUGUUCGGCGUGCCCAUGUCCUACAUAGUGUUUCACACCUGCAAGCAGUUCGUUACGGAAAUCCCACCCGUCCGGGUGCUUCCCUCGCUGUAUAGCAUCGCGCAGGAUAUGCUGGUGUGCAUCCUGGCCUGGGAAAUCUUCUACUACUACACGCACCGACUGCUCCACAGUCGCCACAUGUACCGACGGUUUCACAAGCAGCACCACGAGUGGAGUUCCCCGGUGGCGCUCGCUGCCAUGUACUCGCAUCCGGUCGAGUUUGUGCUCAGCGAUCUGGUUCCGGUCUACGCCGGGCCCGUGAUCAUGCGGUCUCACGUGUUCACGACGCUCAUUUGGUUUACGUACGUGAUGAUCGACACGUUGACGGACCACUCGGACUACCAUCUGCCGCUGAUGGCUAGUUCGGAGUUCCACGACUACCAUCACCUGAACUUUAACCAGUGCUACGGAAACUUUGGGCUUUGGGACCUUGUGCACGGAACGGCGAAGGAAUUUCUAAAGAAGAAACAGUUUCAGCGACAUCAUCGACUCUUCACCCUCCGAUCCGCCCACGAAUGGAUACCGGAUAAGGACGAGUGA